AUAGCCCUUCAUCAGCUGAUUCCGGGCGGUCAUGUGACUGGGUGGGUACAGGAAGGCAAGUUUUGGGGAAGCAAAUUUCUGGCGACAUCCUGACGGAAUCCGACGACAUCCGCGAUGGACAGCCAGGGAAAAAGUGUUAUCGUCUGUGACAACGGCACAGGGUUUGUGAAGUGUGGCUAUGCAGGAGCUAACUUCCCGGAGCAUAUCUUCCCGUCCAUGGUGGGGCGGCCCAUCAUCAGAUCAUCCGCCAAGAUUGGCAACAUCGAGAUUAAGGACCUGAUGUUGGGGGAUGAGGCCAGCGAGCUGCGGUCCUACCUGGAGGUGAACUACCCGAUGGAGAACGGGAUCGUGCGGAACUGGGAGGACAUGCUGCACCUGUGGGACUACACCUUCAGCGAGCAGAAACUCGGCAUCAACCCGCAGGAUGCCAAGAUCCUCCUCACAGAACCCCCCAUGAACCCCGUCAAGAACAGGGAAAAGAUGGUGGAGGUCAUGUUUGAAAGGUACCAGUUUGAGGGUGUGUAUAUAGCCAUCCAGGCCGUCCUCACCUUAUAUGCACAAGGACUGCUGACGGGCGUUGUUGUGGACUCCGGUGACGGCGUGACUCACAUCUGUCCCGUGUACGAAGGUUUCGCUCUCCCACAUCUUACGCGGCGUCUGGACAUCGCAGGCAGGGACAUCACAAGAUAUCUUAUUAAGUUGCUGCUACUCAGAGGCUAUGCCUUCAACCACACGGCAGACUUCGAGACAGUCCGGAUGAUGAAGGAGAAAUUGUGCUAUGUUGGCUACAACAUUGAGCAGGAGCAGAAGCUUGCCCUGGACACCACAGUUCUGGUGGAGUCGUACACGUUACCUGAUGGCCGAGUGAUAAAGGUGGGAGGGGAGCGGUUCGAGGCUCCCGAGGCACUGUUCCAGCCUCACCUCAUCAACGUGGAGGGGGUGGGCGUGGCCGAGCUGCUCUUCAACACCAUCCAGGCCGCUGACAUCGACACCAGGCCUGAGUUCUACAAGCACAUUGUGUUGUCGGGUGGGUCCACCAUGUAUCCAGGCCUGCCCUCCAGACUGGAGAGGGAGAUCAAGCAGCUCUACCUGGAGAGGGUGCUGAACGGAGACACCACCAAGCUGUCGAAAUUCAAGAUCCGUAUCGAGGACCCCCCUCGGCGGAAGCACAUGGUGUUCCUGGGAGGGGCGGUGCUGGCUGACAUCAUGAAGGACAAGGAUAACUUCUGGAUGACUCGGGCGGAGUACCAGGAGAAGGGACUCCGGUGUCUGGAGAAGCUGGGAGUCGCCGUCUCGUAACAACACUCCUUUGUACCAAAAAACACAUCUGUACAGUACCAGUUAAGGUUCAUGGUCCCCCUGGGAAGUGUAUUUCAGGGCACGAAAUACCGCCUGUAUGUACAGGUUAGUGCAGGUGAAAUUGAAACUGAGCAGGCAUUACUAAUAUCCACCUGUACCUAACCUGCACCAGUCCAGAAUAGCAUUCUGUUAUACAGCAGAUGCAGAAUUUAAGGUGGCAAAAGGGCCACCUUGUAAUAUUGUUUUUGAUGAAAAUAUGGUAGAAAGCAAAGUAAAUGAUUUGAGGUAAAAUUUGUUCAGCGCAGGUAAUUAUGUUGGUGCAGGUAUGCAGGAAAGAGUAUUUCCACCCCUCAUUAUUAUUUCCAUGAUCGUAUGAUUGUACUUCUAAUGAGAAGAAUAUCCAUGUUUUUAUACGACAGAGGCUCAGAGCCCAAAGCAGCUUGGUAUAUGUAAUCAAAGCGAUCCAGUUUCGGCCACAUGUUACCCGCAUCUAUCCACAGCUAGUUAGCAUACUCAGGAGAAGAACUCCAGGUCAACCUGGUGGGUUGGUAGGUGACGACCAAGUUUGUUCUCAAUUUGCUGGUGAGGACAGAUGUUAGAACAAUGAUUCUUUCAGGUACAGGAGUACCACCAGCGAAAGAUUAGGUAGGCCAUGCCAUUUUAUUUUCUUGCUUCUCUGACAUUUUGAAGUAAAAAUUAAGUGAGGAGACAAGAUGAAAACAGAAGGCAGGGAGGAACAUUUGAGGACUGUAAAUCGAUUUGAUAUUGCAGUGAUCAAAUAUCUAGGAUGGUGAAAUUUUAGUGGUUGAAUAGCUACCACUAAAAGUAAGUUGCCAUCAGCAAAUCAAGAAUUACAGUAUACAAAACCGAGUACACCAAGGCUUUAAACCAGUCUCUGUGUUAUUGUUGUUCUUCCUGUUCAUCAUUAUCAUUUUUGAAUAUGAGGACCAAGAAAAUGAAUUGGUGUGGCCUUAGUGCAAGUUGUCUUCCAGUGUAUGAUUAUUAAGCAGGAUGGAAAGGUUUUCACUAUAGACUGGUGAUGCAUAAUGUCAAUAUUUUAAUCACUAGUAAAGACGAGGUGCUGGUUAAGUGUAAGAUGUAGAGGGAUACAUGUAGGUCACUAUCUUUUGUCACUGGCUGACAAGUGUGCAAGUAAGUCUUAACUUUGGGACAGUAAGAAAAGUAACGGUGUCAAAGUCUGCCAACUGUUAGAAGCACAACUUAAGAAAAAUGUCGCAUCCUUGUAUGUUUCCUGCUUUGGCACAUUAUGUGGAGUCAUGACUUGGGCUCAAUGUUUGUUUGAACCUCUGUUUAUUCAUGAAGAGCACAAACGGACCUGGAUUCAUUGAUGUCAUUGUGGCACAUAGGAAUUUUUAGUUGAAAACUGUGCAGGGUAAGAAAGAGUGUUUGACUGCAUUUCUGUUCGUAUUCUAACAGCUUGCAGUUGAUAGGUCGAUAGCUUCUAAACCAGUAACAAUCCAAUUGUGUAUGAACUCUCAAGUCGUUCAGCAAACUUUGUUUUUACUCCUAAUAGACCUAUCAUUGAAAAAUAAGAGUCCAGUGAAUCAAGCUGGAUGCAGUAUGGUAUCAAGUUAUUUCUAUAUGUGGCUUUGUCGUUUACAUCAUUGUAAUAAUGAAAUGCUAGGUCAUUACUUUGAUAUGACGAUCUAUCUAAAAUUGUCAUUUGGAGGAAGGAGAUGUUUGAUUUCAUUCCAGUAUAUUGACUAGAGAAGACAAGUCUUGAAGUAGGGAGAUUAGGUUUGAUUUCUUACGAUUACAAUGAAAGAUUUUAUAUAUCUAUAUAUGUAUGUAUACACUGCUAUCACUUCAGAUAUUCAGAUCUGGAAUAAAAGUGUCAUGAAAUACUC